CCCACGGGCAACACCAUGAAGUUCUAUGCAAUUUUGGCUUUGGCAGGCCUUUGCCUCGCCCAAGUGGCCACCAGCGAAAAGUUGAUCAACUGCUAUUGGGGCACCUGGGCGAACUAUCGUCCCGGGGAUGGCAAGUUUACGCCCUCGGACAUUGAUCCCUCGCUGUGCACACACAUCAGUUACACCUUCUUUGGAAUUAGCGAUGCCGGCGAAUUCAAGUCCCUGGACACCUGGCUGGACAUGGACGAUGGACUUGCCUUCAUUAGCCAGACCAUUGCCCUGAAGCAGCGGAAUCCCAAUCUUAAGAUCCUGGCGGUCGUGGGCGGUUGGAAUGAAGGCUCCACCAAGUACUCUGCCAUGGCUGCUGAUCCCACCAAGCGUGCCACUUUCGUCUCCACAUCGCUGGCCUUUAUCCAGCAGUACGGCUUCGACGGUCUGGAUCUAGAUUGGGAGUAUCCUGGACAGCGUGGAGGCAGCGAAGCUGACCGUGAGAACUUUGUGACACUUUUGCGCGAAAUCAAGGAAACCUACGAUCAGUACGGUUUGGAACUGGGUAUUGCUGUGGGUGCCUCUGAGAAGUCGGCUAGCAUCUCCUAUGACAUCCCGGCCAUCUCCCAGCAUCUGACCUUCAUCAACGUCAUGACCUACGACUUCCACAUGGCUUUGGAUGGCUACCUGGGUCUGAACGCUCCUCUGCCCGAGGUUACCGAGUCCAUUGAUUAUUGGCUGUCGCAUGGCGCCCCGCCAGAGAAGCUGAUUCUGGGAAUUGGCUUCUACGGCCACAGCUACCAAAUGGCCGAUAGCUCGCAGAACUGGCCCGGAGCCGCGUGCAUUGGUCCCGGAUCGGCUGGUGCCUACACCCGAGAGAAUGGCUUCUUGGGCUACCAUGAGAUCUGCCUUAACAAUUGGCAAACUGUGUUCGACGCUGAGAACGGUGCUCCCUAUGCCUUCUCCGGUGACCAGUGGAUCGGCUACGACAACCCAGAGAGCAUCCAGAUGAAGAUGCAGUUGGUUGAGUCUCGCAACCUGGGCGGUGCUAUGAUGUGGUCCAUUGAAACUGACGACUUCCGCGGGCUUUGCGGUGAAUCCUAUCCCCUGCUGAAGACCAUGAACCGUGCUCUGGGCAAGGAUGUGAGUGGGGGAGGUGGCAGCGGAGGCGGAGGCAGUGUCACUCCGACUCCGACUGCUGCCCCCACUGCUGCUCCCACAACUGCUACCACUCCUGGAGGUGGCAGCGGAGGUAAUGGUGGCACUGGCGGUGACUGCUCCAAAGAUGGCUACUUCUGGCGGGACAACAACUGCAACCUCUUCUAUCAGUGCACCAAUGGAGUUCGCCAUGACUUCCAGUGUGGAUCUGGCUUGUAUUUUGAUCUUUCCUCAAGCACAUGCUGUUGGCCGAAAGAUGUCCCUGACUGCCCCUAUGAGGAAAUCUUUUAAUAAAUAUA